UAACAAUAAUCUUGUUUUGUACACAAGCCGUGACCACUCUCUCUCUCUCUCUACUCUCUCUCUUCACUCUCUCUCUACAACUGGUGAUUGGCGAGACAAAAAUCCAUGAAAAUGGCGGUUUUGUUUUCCCUCCCAUUUUAAACUCUAAAAACCGCGUUGAAUUUCACUUCAACCACUUCAAUCUCCCCUCAAUUUCCAUUUUCCCCCAAUUUUCUCAUUUCCCCAAUUCCAAACCCUAAUUCUCACAUUUCCCCAAAUCACAAACCCUAAUUUACACAAUCAGUUAUCCAAUCUACUUAAUUUCAUCUUCCGAUGGGUGAUUGUUCAGAAUCUGUUGGUUUAUACGGUAACAGGUCAACCCUAGAUCGGAACGUGAGCUAUCGGAGUGCGAAAGUGGAUGCUCACGCGACUGCGCGGAUGUUGUUCGAUAACUUAGCGCGAGAUCCGGAGGAAACAACGGGUGAUUUUGAGGUGUGUGAAGCGAAGAAUGAAGGUUUUGAAGAGUGUGAGGAUCUGUUGCUGUGUGGUUCCGGUGUUGAAGGUGAUACGGUGUUUGAGUCUUCGAGUCCUGUUGAUAAGUUUGGUGAGGAUGUUGAUGAUGAGACUAGCGCCUGGAUUGAGUGUAAUCAGAGUUGUUCCAGUUGGAUUGAUGAUGUUUAUGAGAAGCCGUAUAUGGUGGGUGCAGGGCUUGAUAACUUGGGCAACACUUGUUUUUUCAAUGCGGUUAUGCAGUGCUUCACUCACACUAUGCUACUAGUUCAGGGUCUCUAUGCAUACAUGCAUCCAACGCCUUGUGAUUGUAGCAAUGAACGGUUCUGUUUGCUAUGUGCUUUGCGGGAACACAUCGAACUUUCAUUAUCAUCCAACGGAAAAAGUGUCGCCCCUUGGAAAUUUGUUGACAAUUUGAGUUAUUUUUCAUCCGCAUUCUUAAGGUAUCAACAAGAAGAUGCUCACGAAUUCUUGCAAUGCUUUCUCGAUAGACUCGAAAGCUGCUUAACUAAUUUAAAAACGAAAGACGACGCACUCCCGUCUCAAAGCUUCAAUUUAGUCAAGCAAGUCUUUGGUGGUCGUGUUAUCAGUAAAUUAAGGUGUUGCAACUGCAAUCACGUAUCUGAUACGUACGAGCCAUCGGUGGACCUAAGCUUGGAAAUUGAAGACGUGAACAGUCUUUCAACCGCCCUUGAAUCAUUUACAAAAGUCGAACACAUUGAAGAUGAAGAAAUGAAGUUUACAUGUGACCAUUGUAAACAGAAAGUGUCCGUCGAGAAACAACUUAUGCUGGAUCAAAUUCCUCCUGUUUGUGCUUUCCAUUUAAAACGAUUCAAAAACGAUGGAUCAUACGUGGAAAAAAUCGACAAGCACGUGGAGUUUCCUCUAGAGUUGGAUUUGCAGCCGUACACAUCUGGCAUUCAGAAUAAUAACAUGGAUUUCACGUAUGAACUCUAUGCAGUUGUUGUACAUGCUGGCUUUUCGUCUAGCUCUGGUCAUUAUUAUAGUUACGUUCGUUCUGCACCUGAUACAUGGUACAAGUUUGACGACAGAAAGGUUACUUACGUUUCCGAAGCUUGUGUGCUUUCAGAGGAAGCAUACAUUCUGUUCUACGCAAAACAAGGCACCCCCUGGUUUUCGAACUUUCUCGAAACGUUUAAACCUUCACUUAAUUCUAACCUAUCAAACACGUCACCUAAAUCAGUUCUGGAGAACGUAGACCCACUGAAUAUUCAUCCCUUUGACAUCAAUGCAACUAAAAACGAUCUUCCCCAAUCCGAUGAGGUGGCGCCAGCGCCACUUACGCCAGUUGGUAAUCCAAGAAAAGAAAACAUUCCAUUGACUCUUAAAGAGUAUGGUUCUAACCACAGAAUCAAAGUUGAGACGAACAUCCCCACAAGUGAUCCAAAAACCGAACUUGAUACUCCCGAUCAAGUACCUUCUCCAUCAACGCCACCCGUAUCUCCUGAACUAUAUUUUUCUGACGAUGAUGAUAUUUCAGGGGUGGUUUUUGCUCCAAAGCCGAAGCAGUUGAAACUUGCGAAGAAAGCAACGAGCAAGAGACUGAGAGACAACGAAGUUGCCGGUUCUGCAAAACGCGAGGCAUUGAAGAUAUGUAGGAGGAUGCCGGGUUCAAGGGGGAAGUUGUUGAUUUCCGCCAUGUCAUCAGAUGGUUCAAGAAAGAACCAUAGCAAGUCAUGUGAUCGUUUUUAAGCGUUAUAAGUGUAUAACCGCUGUAAGUUGUGGAUGUUUGAAAUAGGGUUUUUGUAGUGAAUUUAAAGUGUUUUAGGUGGUUGGUAUAUUAGAGAUGUUACCGGCAAGAUUAAUUUUGUGAAUUAGUAAUGAAGUUAACUAAGAUUUUUGUUA